CCAAAAUAAGUCAUUUUGGACAAAAAAUGUUCAUUUUGGAAAAGAAUUAGUCAUUUGGGAUUGUUACUUAUAAAUAGUUCUAGAUUAAUUUUAAUUUGGGAAAUUUCAGGUGAUUUUUGACAUUUUUUUACUCAUCUUAGAAAGAUUUGUUAUUACUUUAAACAGAGACAAACUGUUUCCAUCACAUCUAAAUGACUGAAUGGCUCCAUUAGAGGCCAGAUUUGUAAUUAUUGACUUUUAAAAAAUGGGAAAAAGUUUCAAAAAUCUGCUGAAAUUAAUGAAUGCCAAAGAUAAGGUUGUAUUUUUUUUGGCUGUUUUGACGUGUUAAACUGCCAAAAUACGUCAAUUUUGACAAAAGUUUUACUCAUUUUGGAAUUUUUAAGUAGUUUUAGACGAGUUUUGUUUAAUUUUAGGUAACUUUUGACAAUUUUUUAAUUUUAAUUUAAAAUAGUUCCUAGCAGAUCUAAAUGACUAAAUGACUCCAUUAUAGGCUAAAAUUUAAACUAUUAAGUCUUAAAAAUGGAAAGAAGUUUCCAAUAUGAACUGAAUAAAACAGAAAAAAUGAGAAAUUAAACUGACUAAAAUGUGUCAAAACUACCGAAAUUAGACACAAAACUGAUUAAAAUGUGACAGAAAAUGACAAAUUGUGGCGCUAAAUCACAAUCUGGGACAUAAAUCAACCAAAACAGCAAAAAAUUAAUGCAAAACCACCAAAAUUAGACCCAGACUGACAAAAAUGUGUGAAAACCGCCAAAAUGAGGCAUUAAAUUGACUAAAAUGUGCAAAAAAGAGCAGUAUGUGACCUAAAAACGACCAAAAUUAGACACAGAAUGACUAAAAUGUGACGAAAAACUGUUGAAAUUAGAUACCAAAUGAUAAAAAAUAUGAUGUAAAACUAUCAAAAUGAGGCAUUUAACUGACAAAAAUGUGUAAAAACUAUUGAAAUGAGACCCCAAAUGACAAAAAUGUGACAUGGAACAAAAAAAACAGGCAUUAAACUGACUCAAAUGUACAAAAAAAAAAAAACGCAGAAUGUGACGUUAAAAUGACCAAAAUUAGACACAAGAUGACAAAAAUGUGGCAAAACUAAUGAAAUUAGUCGUCUCUAAUGUAAAUGUUGGUGAGUUUUAGCUCUAACAUUAGGUUAAAACUGAAACUAAAGAUGUUUAUUGAUGAAUUCUAUUGAGGAGACAGAAGUGAACAGAAAGUCUUCAGGCGUCACUCAGUUCUGUUUUUUUUCUUUAAAUGCUGAUAAUUAGAAUUCAACAGGUUGAACAACUUGUUUUUAAUCAGAAGACAGACGUUUGAGGUUUAAAGAUGUGUUGUGUGUUACUGUGUGUUACUGUGUGUUACUGUGUGUUACUGUGUGUUACUGUGUGUUACUGUGUGUGUCGCCUUGAGGCCUGACGGGCUGAAACAUGCCGGAGCCGGUUUGUUGAAGGCGGCUGAUCCUGAGGUUUGUUUGAGCAGCAGAGAUGCAGCGGUAACGCCCUGCUGCUGCUGAUGUUCAGACUCCUGCUGCUUGUUUUUCUGUUUCCGACGCGUCAUUAACAGAUUAAACGUCCGUCGCACAACGUCGACGCAAACAGCUUUGAGCCCGUGGACGCACAACAGGUGUCGGGAGGUGACGACAGGAAGUUCAGAAGUCUCAUUUUCCACCAAAACGGACAUAAAAUUACAAAAAUGUGACUUAAAACAACCAAAAUGAGACAUAAAACUACAAAAAUGUGUUGAAAACCACCAAAAUAAGACAUAAAACUGUAAAAAUGUGACUUACAAAAAUGAGAUAUGAAAGUACAAAAACAUGUUGAAAACCUCUAAAAUGAGACAUAAAACUGUAAAAAUGUGAAUUUUAACCACUGAAAUGAGAAAUUAACCCAUGAAAUGUGAAGGAAAACGGCCAAAAUGAGACAUAAGACUGAAUAUGUGACAGGAAAACCAAAAAAUGAUACUGUAAAACUGUAAAAACAUCAUGUAAAAUCUCCAAAAUGACAAUGUAACCAGCAAAAUAUGAUGUAAAACCACUACAAUGAGACACAAAACUGUGAAAAUGUCAUGGAAAGCCAUUAUAAUGAGACACAACUAUGAAAAUAUGAUGCAAAAACAUCAAAAUGAGACAUAAAACCAUGAAAAUGUGGCAGGAAAACAAAAAGUGAGACAUAAAACUACAAAAAUGUGAUGCAAAACAAUAAAAAUGACACAGAAAAUGACUAAAAUCACAUGUAGAAUAACUUAUAAGAAGCAAAGUGACCAAAAAAAGACUCUACGUAACAAAAAUAAGAUGUUAAACAAUAAAAACGACAUUUAAAAUUUUAAAAAUCCCCAAAUAUUGAGGUUUGUUGUGAGAGGAAACCAGCAGGGCCUCGAUGGAACAACGUCAAAAUGACUAGAAAGAGACAAAAAACGGACUGAAACAUGACAGAGCUAUUUCAAAGAGAUGCAAAAUGACUGCCAAGAGACACAAACAACUAAAAGGAAACAAAAAACAACCACAAAUAGACACAUAAUGACCACAAAGAGACACAAAACCACCACAAAGAGACACAAAACAACCACAAAGAGACACACAACAACCACAAAGAGACAUAAAACAGCACAAAGAGACACAAAACAACACAAAGAGACACAAAACACCACAAACAGACAAACACUGCAUUAUCCUCCAGUCAGACUUCAGGUCUUCAGCAGCUGCAGAGAAACUCGGACUGAAGAUGGAAGAAAAACAGCAGCUUGUUGGAGCAGAGACGCUGUUAUGGAUGUGGCCAGCUGUGUGUGUGUGUGUGUUACUGUGUGUGUGUGUGUGUGUGUGUGUGUGUGUGUGUGUGUAGAAGUGUGUAGAAGUGUGUAGAUGUGUUGUCCCACUUUGUCUCUAACACACUAGUUUCUGUCAGACUGAAAAUAUGUGGACUGUGUGUGUUAGCAGGCGUUGUGUGUAGAUGUGUGUGUGCCCCAGCUGUUGUGUGUGUGUGUGUGUGUGUGUGUGUGUGUGUGUGUGUGUGUGUGUGUGUGUGUGUGUGUGUGUGUGUGUGUGUGUGUGUGUGUGGUGGAUGAAUGUGUCGCUUGUUGAGCAGAGAGACAACUGCUGGAGGAGGAGGCUGGACUCCUGCAGAGAAGGAUGGAGAGGAGAAAGUAUUCAGCCGACAGAAAGCCUCUUAGACGAAGAAAACAUCAGAAGGAAAGAAAUAGAGGAAGAAACACACCUAGAGACACGUCUACACAACCAAAGUGUGAGCAGUGGUUGCAGACACACACACAACAAACCCCGCCCCCUCCCGCCCCGAGACUCGAGCCGAUCGAUCGAUCGUUGCUUUCCGAUCAGGACGCCGUCAUGGAAAACUCCACAGAAGAGCUGCAGGAAGGGGGAGGAGCCAACACUGCCGUUAAAGAAGAGGAGGCGGAGCUGAUGGAGGAGAAAACGCACAAUAACCUCAAAGGAGCGCUGAACGGAGUGAUGGAGGCCGGCGGAGGAGAGAAGCUACAGAACGGAGACCGAGGAGGAGGAACGAUGGGAGCUGAAGGAGGAGGAGGAGGAGGAGACCUGUCCUCCAUCAAUGCCAUGAUGUCAGCAGUGAUGUCAGCGGCGGGGAGCAUCAACGGCGGAGGAGAAGCAGACGGAGGCAGCGGAGUCACUUCAGCCAACUCCUCAGCCGGACCGUCGCCAAGCCCGUCGCCCAGCAAGUCGAUCACAGCGGCCAUGAGAGCCCCGCCCAGCCGCAACGCUCGCCGCACCCAGGACACCAAAGACGACAGCUCGGCUUAUAUCUGUCCGCUGUGUGACAAGAACUGUCAGACACAACACCAGCUGACCAUGCACAUCCGACAGCACAACGCCGACACCGGAGCCACCGACCACUCCUGCAGCAUCUGUGGAAAGUGCCUGAGCUCAGCCUCAUCGCUCGACCGACACAUGCUGGUGCACAGCGGGGAGAGGCCCUACAAAUGCAACGUCUGCGGCCAGACCUUCACCACCAACGGCAACAUGCACAGACACAUGAAGAUCCAUGAGAAGGACCCUGCCAGCGGCCUGCUCCCCGUCAGCCCUCCGUCUCCCACCAAGCGCCGCCGCCCGUCAGUGAAGAGGAGGCCGGGCCCCGAGGAGGAGGCGGGGGAGGAGCCGCCCAGCAAGAAGGUGGUGGAGGACGCAGCGGGAGAGGAGGCGACGGCGGUCCGUGGGUCAGAGGAGGAGCUGUUGCCGUGUCCAAUCUGCUUCAAGACCUGCAGCUCCAGACUGGAUCUGGACGCUCACAUGGACUCACACCCAGACACAGCGCUCAGGUGUGACCUCUGUUGCCUCUCCUUCCGGACCCACCGUGGUUUGUUGCGUCACAACGCCGGCGUCCAUAAGCUCCUCCCCCAGGACCCGAGCGGCCGGCCCUUCAUCCAGAACAACCCCUCCAUCCCCACCGGCUUCAACGACCUGGCCUUCAUCGACUUCUCCUGCAGGAAGUUUGCUCACAUCGCUCAGGUGUGGUGUGAGACCAACCUCCGCCGCUGCAUCAGUAAGUUCCACCGCUUCGUGUGUGACGGCUGUGAUAAGGCCUUCCCCCUCCGCUCGGCCCUCGACCUCCACAAGAAAACCUCCCACCCCGACGAGCCGGCCGGCCAGGAGGACGGAGCUGCAGAGGACGGAGCUGCAGAGGACGGAGCUGCAGAGGACGGAGCUGCAGAGGACGGAGCUGCAGAGGACGGCCUGGAGGGUCCGGAGGAGGAGGAGGAGGAGGAGGAGGAGGAGGAGGAGGUUCCCUCAGAGCAGGAGAGCUUCAUGGAGCUCCUGGGCCUCCAGCACGUCUCCAAGGUGAAGUCUGGUCCCACAGAUGAUGAGGUCCAUCAGGCCCACCUAGACAGCAUCAAGGUGAUCCACGUGGAGCCUCCGUCCUCCAGCCUCCCCCAGGAGCCGGCGGCCGCCUACCUGUCCGGAGGUGUGGGUCUGACGCUGGGCGGCCUGGCGGCGCUGAGCAUCCCCCUGCUGGAGGCGUCCGGCUCGGCGCUGCAGGGUCUGAGCCAGAGAGACGCCCUGAGCCUGCUGUCGCUGCCCUUCCAGACCGGCUUCCUGCUGCAGCCCGACGGGGGCGCCGCCGCCGCCGGGUCGUCGGCCGCCAAACCCGGAGAGGCGGGCGGAGCUGGCCUGGUGGAGCUGGCCGACAUCCAGCAGAUCCUCAAAGUGGCCACGGCGGCGCCCAACCAAAUGGGACUUCCUCCUCUGGCCAAAGCGCCAGGAUUCACUGGAGGUCAAGGUCAGGUCCAGGGUCAGAAGGCGAUGCCUCCACUGAAGCCCAAACCUCCCAUCAGCCCUCGCUCCAGCCUCACGGCAACGACCCCCCCGCCCCUGCAGAGCUCCCAGCAGGCCUCUCUGGGCUGCAUCAGCCCCAGCCUGCCGCCCCCCACCCCCACGCUCUUCAAAACGCCCUCCUCAUCCUCCUCGUCCUCUUCAUCCGCCGGCAACGGAGGGCAGAUGGAUGCGGAGUGCAUGGGCGACGCCCACACGCCGCUGUCCGAUUCGCCGCCUGCCGCUACCACCGCCGUUCACGAGGAGGCGGGGCUUAGCGGCAGAAAACCAGGAACCAAAGCGGGGAACAACGCCGGCUCGGCUAAAGGCUCGUUCCCAUGUCGUUUCUGCGACCAGGUGUUCGCUUUCUCCGGCGUCCUGCAGGCUCACAUGCGCUUCCACCUCGGCAUCCUGCCCCACCAGUGCAACAUCUGUGACUACGUGGCUCCGGACAAAGCCACGCUGAUCCGACACCUGCGGACACACAGCGGUGAGCGGCCGUACGUCUGCCGUGUCUGCCAUUACCCGUUCACCGUCAAGGCCAACUGCGAGCGCCACCUCAGGAAGAAGCACGCCAAGACCUCCAGGAAGGACAUCGAGAAGAACAUCAAGUACGUCACCUCCACCACCACCGCCAACAUCGCGGCGGCCAUCACCGCGGCGACCACCACCGCCACCCAGGACACAGAGACGGGCUACACUGGAGCCGAGACGACCUGCCGGUUCUGCGGCGAGGACCUGAAGAGCUACCGGGCGCUGCAGAUCCACCUGCGGACGCACAACGGCUGCCAGAGGAAGCCGUUCGAGUGUCGUCGCUGCGGCGCCGCCUUCCUGGCCAAACGGAACUGCAUCCACCACCUGCUGAAGCAGCACCCUGAGGUGCAGGAGAGGGAGAUCGAGGAGCACAUCGCCACACUCCAGCCCGCCGCUACAGUCGCUGCCGCUCGCGCCGCUCCGGGAACUCCGAUGGCGCUGAACGGCAUCAGCCAGCCUCCCGUCCCGGCGCUCCAAGCCGUGAAGGUGGAGGCCAACGUGGUGUUUCCUGCAGAACUGGACCAGCCGCUGGACUUCUCGGCUAAAGGCCGCGGAGCCGGCGGCCUCGCAGGGUCUCCUGGGGUCAAACUGGAGAGCGUCUCGCCGAGCUUCGACUGCUCCGAUCAGCCCAUCGAUCUGUCCAUUCCCAGCAAGAGGCAGCGGCGGGAGGCGAUGGGCGAGAGGAAGGAGAUCAAGACGGAGCACGGCGGUGGCAGCAUCAUCGAGCAGCAGAACGUCCUGUCCAAGGACGAGAAGACGGCCGGCGCCCUGCCUCCCCUCCAUCCUCACCCCCAGCUCGGCUGCUACCAGCUGCCUCCGGGGUCCACGCCUCCCCCCGCCUCCCUCCCCGCCGCUGCUCGAGCUCAGCGCCUCAAACCGCUGCUGCCCAAACCCGCCUCGUCCCCCUCUGCCGCCCUCAAAGAGCUGCCUCCUCUGGCCUCCAUCGCUCAGAUCAUCCACUCCGUCUCCGGAGCUCCAGACCUGCUGAAGCGAGAGGCCACCUCGCUGGAGGCCAAACCCCAGACGGGGGCUUCUUCUCAGGCCGAUCCAGCUGCAGACGCCCCCGGACCGUCAGCCGGUCUGGAGCCGCAGAGCGACGACGUGUCUGAAGGAUCCUCCAGGAGGAGGUCCAGGAAGAAGCCGGCUGCUCUCGCUCUAAAGGAGAAGGUUGUGAGCAGCAGCGGCAUCGACUUGGAGUCCAGCGGGGAGUUCGCCAGCGUGGAGAAGAUGUUGGCAACGACCGACGCCAACAAGUUCAGCACCUACCUGCAGACUGGAGCCGCUGAACUCGGAGCAAAGAGAGAUGGAGACGGAGGAGGAGGAGGAGGAGGGGAGGAGAAAGAGGGAGGAGUCAGGGAGGAGGUGAAGCCGACGGCGGCGGCAGCGAUGGCGGCGGUGAUGGCGGUUCCUCAGUCCAAAGGCAAGAAGAACGCCUACUCUAACUCUGUCCAGAAGAUGACCUGUCCCUUCUGUCCACGAGUUUUCCCCUGGGCCAGUUCACUGCAGAGACACAUGCUGACUCACACAGGUCAGAAGCCAUUUCCGUGUCCGCGCUGCGACGCCUUCUUCUCCACCAAAUCUAACUGUGAGCGCCACCUGCUGAGGAAACACGGCGUCACCCACAGGACGCUGCGACGCAAUGGGGCCAUCGGGAAGAAGGACGGAGACGAAGGUUCCCAGGAGAGCGCUGGAAGCCAGUCGGAGACGGAGCAGGUCGCACCAGAAGCACAAGACCUCAGCAGCAUCGCCACAGCGGCAGACUCAGGCCCCGCCCCCGCCGCAGAUAGCCCCGCCCCCAGUGAAAGCACACAGCCAAGCCCCGCCCACAAACCAAGCCAAGGUUGCAGUCCAGCUGCUGGAGCUGGAGAGCAGCAGGAGGCAGAAUCCACCAAACAGCCAGACCAGCAGGAGGCGCCAGAGACCAGCACAGCGCCGGGAAAACAGCCUCCACAGAGCUGCAAGGUGGAGAGCACAGACGACGACGACUGCAACAGCAACAAGAGUCUGGACCUAAACUUCGGCAAGAAGCUCAUUGACUUCAAGCUCUCCACGUCCUCCUCAGGCUCCGCUCAGGAAGAACCGCCCUGCCAGCCCUCCCCCUCAUCUGCACCCUCUACCUCGGCUCCUCAACCCGCCACCGAGAGCCCAGAGGAGGAGAAGGAGAAGGAGAAGGAGAAGCCGGCCGCCUCCUCCUCCGGCAGCCCCGCCACCAAGCAGCAGCCAGAGUACAAACACGUCUGUCGGGUUUGUAAGAAGAGCUUCCGAUACGCCACCACGCUCGCUCGCCACGAGAGGGCGCACCUCUCUGAGGAGACGCCGACUCCACUGCCGGCCGAGGACGCCUCGCCGGUGGAGAGCAAACCUGCUGAGGAGGACAAAGAGGAAAAGGAGGUGGAGAUGGAGGCGGAGGAGGGAAGAGUGAAGGGAGGCGAGAGCGACGGGGGAGACAGCGGCGACUCGGAGGAGGAGGAGAAGGAGGAGAGGAGCAACGAGGAGACGUCAGAACCAAAGAGUCUGGAGGGAGGAGAGGCAUCCGGAGGACGAGUGGACAAGAGGAAGAAGAUCUGCAAAGUCUGCGGGAAACGAUUCUGGUCACUGCAGGACCUGACCAGGCACAUGAGGUCACACACAGGUGAGCGGCCUUAUCGGUGUCAAACCUGUGAGAGGACCUUCACCCUGAAGCACAGCCUGGUCCGCCACCAAAGGAUCCACCUGAAGCCCCGCGGAGCCGACGGAUCCUCCGCCACUAACGACGACGCCAGCGAGGACGGAGAUUCCUGCACCCCGACCCCGACCUCCACCUGCCCGCCCUCGGAGAACGAGAGCGAGUCUGGGAGCACCGCGACCGGGGCGAAGGACCUGGAGGAGGAGGACGUGAAGGAGGAGGAGGAGGAGGAGGAGGAGGAAGAAAGCGCCGUGAUCCGAGCAGAGAUCGGAGCAGAUUCAGGUCCUCCAGCCGCCGUUGCUCCUGAAGACGUAGAGGACAAAUCCGGACUCGACUGGACACGGCAACCGUCCGUUGACUCGACUCCCGGCCACCAAGCUAUUGACACAAAGACAACUACUAGCACCGACUCCUUAGCCAGCGACCUGAAAGCGACGCCCGACUCAAACACCUCCAAAGAUCCCUCUUCCUCCAGCUCUCCGCCGGGGGAAGCCGCCGCUGCUGCCCCCGCAGAGGGCUUCAUCCAGGGGCUGCUGGAGAUCCACACCAAGCCCCCUCUGGAGCACAUCUUGCCCAAUGGAGAGCCUCCUCUGGUGGGGGUGGACUGAGGGUGAACUCCCUACCAACAUCACCGCAGUGCCAUACGACGGAAAGACGCUACACCAUAGAUGAUGAUGACGAUGCAAAAACCAGCCCGGAAAAUUUUUGAUAGAAAGACCUCAUUUUCUUGAAGUGCCUUACUACUAGUCCUUCUUCUAAAAGAUGUUUUUUGCUAUAUCUUUAUCUGCAUUAUUACGGAGGAUGGAUCUAAUUUUUAUAGCUUUUUAUGAUGACAAUGAUUUACAUUACUAUUUUUCGUGUGGGGAAUCUAUAUUUCAGCAAUAAAAAGAAUAAAGUUACGAUUAAUUAUUGUUCUAGAUUUUGUUUGAGAAUCGAUGAUCAACCUCCGAGACGCCGAGAGACAAAGACUAAAGAGGACGUCUGCGUUUGUUCUUCUUUAUUUAAACCACCGCUGGGCACACGACACAUGAAACAACAUAGAACUGUAACAUUUGAACCAACUUUGGAUUAAAAAAGCAAACUAGUUGAGGUCGGGAACUAGAUUAUUUUUUUGUUUUUUCGGUCUGCCAGCUGCGUUAAAAUCACCAGCUGUUUCUGAUAUUUUUCGGAUAGAAUUGGAGGCGCCGGCUGCCAAAGUCGAGCCCAGUUUCACCAGCGGGUCGCAGCUGCCGGUUUCACCGAGGAAACUUUUUGUAACUGGAAAACGCAGAGAGGCCGCCGCCACCGCCUCGUCGUCCUUUCGGCUCGCAGCAAUCCACGUCUCUCGGCCGGUUCGGCAAACACACAAAAACAUUCAUGAACUUUGCCUAAGUCGGACGUCUGUGUGAAGAACUCUUGAAAGGGCAGAAAAUAGUGUUUGUGUUCUCCAUGUUCUGUUUUUUCUGUUUUUUAAACCCAUCACACUAUUGAUCCCUUCAUCCCUCAGAAGCCACCCUACGAGUUGUUUUGUGUGUUAAUAAUUUGUCUUUCAUAAUCAUUCUCAACUGAUUCCAUGUGUGUGUACAGAGAGUUGAACAUGUGGCACGUGAUAUGCUACUAUUUUGUUUUUCUGCAUGUGUGCGAUUAUCAGUGACAUUUAGGUGUAGGGAGGGGAAUUAUCUUUUGUGGAUUUUUUUUUUAAUAACUGAACAAAUCAAAAGUUUUUCGUUGUGUAUGUGUGUGGCUGCCGCCUGGCUCUCAUCAUCGCCCCCUAGUGUUCUUUUAGGGUUCAUCACAGGGCCUCCAGAGUGCUAACGUACGUCGCCGCUAAUGUCAGACCCAGGUUCAGUUUACCUCAACCUCUGCUUUUAACUGCAACCAGUAAAACAACAGACAAACAGCUCUGUAGACGACCCUUUAAAUCCUACGUCUUCCUGAACAGUGCUAGCAGGGCCAACGCUUUGCAAGCCUGGUUUCCACUGUGGGCCAAAUCAGAGCUAGCCAGGGCUAACUCAUAAAUGUAGCUUCAAACAGUUAUCGAGGGCUAACAAGUCAACUUGGCUUGCAGAAAAAUAGCCCAGACAGAGCUAAAGGAGGCUAACUCAGUAGCAGCAAACUGUAGUAGCCAAGUAGCCACGGCUAAGUAAUUACUAGCCUUAACCCACACAAGAAAAGCUCUUUAGCUUAGUCUUGACCACAGGUUACACUAAUUAGCUGUAACUAUUAGCCUGUGUUGAAUUAAAAGAUAUCAUCUCCAAUAUUUUACAUAACUUAGCAACAGAUAACUAACCAGACCAGACAAGUUAAUCAAACUACAGAUGUGUUAACUUGUGUUAAUUUCUCUGUUGUGGUCAGUUAGCUCUAGAUAGCUGCUUGUUUAUUGGGUUCUAAGAUGACAAAAAGGGUAGAAACUUAGCAAAGGAUAGUUUGGUUUGGCCAGGUAGCUAUAGCUAUCUUUAACCAUUAGCCUGAGCUUUGCGUGGUGGAAUAUAAAAUAUCAACAGAAGGAUAAAAACAAACUUUAUCUAGGGAUAACUGACCAGAUCAGAUAAGCUAGCCUGGCUAAAGUUGUGUUAGCUUGGUUGAUUUCUUUGGUAUGGUUCGCCGUAGCUAGCCUGAAUCAGUAGCCUGAUCUUUGGUUAGUGGGCCCUAAGAUAUUAACAAAUGGCUAAAAACACACAUUAGCUAGAGAUAACUGACCAACUCUGAGAAGCUCACCCAGCUAGAGUUGUGUUAGCUUGGUUAAUUUAUGUGGUAUGGUUAGUUAGCACUACCUAGCUUGAAUCAUUAGCCUGAACUGUGCUCAGUGAUUCCCAAGAUAUCCCCCAGAGGGUAAAACCACAUGCUAACUGGGCUUAAGUGGUCAGACAAGAUAACACACGGCCAUCUUGGUUAACCACAUAUCUCGUUAAAGUAGGCUAAGCUAGUCUCCUUACAGUAUUAUCAGAGUAUCUAGAGUUGGCCCUGGACCGCUUUAGUACCGUUUAUCCCGGUUUAGCCUCGUCUUCUCCUUUAUGAAAGUCUUUGAGGACUCAAUCCUCUUUUUUGUUCAGUCUGUCCAGACACAAACAGAACUAUUGAUUUCUGUUUGACAAGCUCCUCAGUUGAUUUUUUUUGGUAAACGAGGUGUUGAUUUAUCCUCACCGAGGUCAUUGGAUAGGAAUUUGGCAUUAGACAAUCAAAUGGAAAACGGACAGAAAUAAGCGAAUCCAUUCUCGGCUGUAAUAGUUUCCAUGAAAAGCUAGAUGACGGGGUGAGAGGGACAGAUGGAUGAAUGGAUGGAUAGAUGGGUUGGUUGCUUGGUUGCUUGGUUGGUUGGUUGGUUGGAGCGGGUGUGAGCUCAACACUAUGUAGUGUUCCUGAACUGUAUUUCCCUGCUGCACUCACAAACAAACACAAGUUAAAGGGCUAAUUCACUCCCGGCACCAACCGACCCGGAUGCUUCCACACCAGCGAGCGUGAUGAGGGCUUAUUGAUCGAGACAUCGUGACCAGAGGGAUGGGUAGUGUGUGUGCGUUUUCUUUUUUGAAUAUAGCUAAUUUUUCUUCUUGUACUUUUUUUUUUUUUUUUUUAGAUCAAGCAACCUCAUAAGCAAAUCGAACCUCAGCGGCUCAUAAUGGAACUGUAAGGCAGCGGCCGUCGGUCAUUUAGUCGGUCAAAAAGACGGAAAUAUUGAACAACCACAACUGCUCCGACCUGCUGGCUGCUGCCGUCAACUGGCACUAACAACUUCCAAAACUACUACUACUACUUCCACUAUUAGUACUACUACCAUCGCGACACAAUCAGAGAGAGAGAGAGAGAGUCAGUUUCUUUCAGUUUGCCUUCAAGUCAUCACUUAUAAAAUGAUAUCCGAAGCUACGAUAUGAAACUAAUGGAGGUUUAAAGCUCGAGAGGCGUACAGCAGAAAAGUCUCCUUGUAGCAGUAAAUUUAUCAGCUUCUCUAAUAUCAUGUGGUCCAAAUUGACCCUUAAAAUUUUCAAAAUAAAAGCCAAGGGUGUUCAAAUUUCUUCAUGGCUUUCAGAUUUCUUUCUUUCUGUUUUAGCAGCUAAUACCUUGUGCUAAACAGGGAACUGGAAAAGUUAUGGACAAACUGAAAAUCUGGCUUUUUUUUGUUACCGAAUAUUAGUACACUUGUGCAGUUGUAGUACCUCGCAAAGCACUCGGUGCUAGAUUGUCUGUCGGGACUAUUUGAAGCUAACAGCUUGCAAGCUAACAGCUAAUGUACUAGCUAGUAAGGAGCAUUUGGUGCCUUCAAAUGGAACCCGUGAUCUUGUGACACAAAAUGUUUUUAUUUUUAAACCAAAUACUUUAUGUUCCAGUGGUAAAAUCGGACUGAGGCUAACCAUUUAGCAAGCUAACAAGCAGAUGACGUAAAUAGAGAUGCACAGGCUUAAUAAAAAAUAAAACUGUUAGAAAUAUCAAAAUUUCCUCGCUCUUUAUGACUCUAAUUACAAUAUGUUAACUUAAAAGCCACUAAAAAUAAACUUUCAUGGCCUCCACUGUUUCUAAAAAUGCCUGCAAAUGCGGCACAACCGGAAGCUUUUGGAAAAUUUUCACUUGAGUUGUGAUAAGAGUGAAGCAUUUAUAUGGACUAGCUGUGUGAACGCGACGCCAUUUGCAGGCAGCAAGAGUCGCAAAAGCUUUCUGAACUAGCUAGCUAGCUAGUUGGCUCCUAUUCAUUACCUUGCGAUAAAAGUGAAAAAACAACACCUGUUUCAUAUUUUUCUAAAUAUUACGUUGGUGGUGAAGCUGUACACUGAAUACACUCAGAAAAUCUACUUUGUCUAGACAGUUUGUUGCUGCUCAGAAGCAUGAAUUAGCAUUUAAUUUUUCAAAAUGUAGGCGGGAAAUGCUCAUAUUUGUCAAGAUUUAACAGAAUUUUUCAAAACUUGUUCAGAUUUACUCGAAGUAUUGUGCGAAAAUUCGAUUUUACACGCCACCAUGGUGAACACAGCCCCAUUGAAAUUACAAAAGCGUUCUGAGCUAGCUUGUUAGCUGGCUAAUUUGCUGCCAUUCGUUAGCUUGUUUAAAAUGGGAUACAAGUUAAAGCGAGAAUUUUGUUUCAUAUUUGUACAAACGUUACGUUGAUAGUGAAACUACAUAGCCAACUCUAAAUCAGCGGCCUUGAAUUAGCAUGAGCAUUUUCAUUAAUUUAGGCGGGAAACACUCGUGUUUGUCAAGAUGUAACAGAAUUUAUGAAAAUUUGUGCUGAUUUGCACAAACGAUUUUGUGGAAAUUAGAUUUUAGUCUGUCGCACGGUGAGCACAACCCCAUUUGAAGGCAGUGGGAGUCGCAAAAGCGUUCCGAGCAGCUAGCUAGGUAGCUGGUUUGCAGCCAUUCGUUAGCUCAUUUAAAACGGGAUAAACAAGUUAACUUGAAACUCUUGUUUUAUACCUCUACCAACAUUAUCUUGGUGGUGACGCUACACAGCCAACUAAAAAACAGCGGCCUUGAAUUAGCAUGAUCAUUUUCAUCAGUGUAGGCGGAAAAUGCACGUUUGUCAAGAUAUAACAGAAUUUUUAGAAAAUUUUUGCAGAUUUAUGCAGACUACUCAGUGGAAAAUAAAUUUUACACUCCACCACGGAGAACAUGACCCCAUUUGAAGGCAGUGAGAGUCGUGAAAUUGUUCCGAGCUAGCUAACUAGCUAGCUAGUUUGGUAUUCGUUACAUGUGAUUCAUACCUACAUAAACAUGGUGACGCUAACACAGUAUCGGUGGCCUUGAGUUAGCAUUAGCAUUUUCAUUAAGUUAGGUGGGAACAGCUCAUGUUUGACAAAAUUCAUGUGGAUUUGUGCACAGAUCUUACGACUUUACACUCCUGUCCGCCCAUUUGCUGAAAGCAGGAAAAUUGGCAACACUUAAUCAGGCAGAUCUUCAGUAAAGUUAGUGCUAGCGCUACAGAACCACAACAUUAGUGGCGUUUCCCUUAAAUGACGCAGAAUGAAGUUAAAGUGUGUGAGUUUUUUUAGCUGUAGCUGUUGCAGGUCUGUAAAGAAGCCGCCGCCCCUCUCUCUCAGCUGUUUACGGUUUUGUCGGCUCUGUUAACCCUCUCCCUGGGAAUCCGUAUGACUGUGUGUUUGUUGUGUGCGCGGCCAUAUGAAUACUGGACUUCCAUUCGAAUGCACGUGGACUGUUUUUAAAUGUAUUUAUUUGGAGCCCAGCUGUGUGUGUGUUUGUGCGUUUGUUUAGUUUCUACAAUGACUUGAGAAGAAGCCAUGUAUUAAAAAUAUCACAUUUAUGCUGCAGAACUGUUUUGAGGAACUGAUGGUUUGUGUUGUGGACUACCCGGCUUGCCGUAGGCGCGGCGGCUCGGACUUAGCAAUAAGAAUCCCUCUGAAUCCAAAAAGCUUUAUGUAGAUCUCCUGUAUAUGAGUUGAACAGACUGUCCGGGUCUAUUGGUUCUGUUGUUGUUUAUUUUUAGUUUGGCUGAGAAAUGUUUGGGUUUUUUUGUCGUGUUUAUUAUUUUUUCCUCUAUGACAUAUAAAUGUGUAUAAAACUGUGAAAAUCCAUUGUGUUCAGUUAAAGGGUGAGUUUUAGGUUAGGUUUUUUUUUGCAUGUUAAUCUAAUUUGUUCAAUUAAGGAUGAUUUCUCCUUUUCUCCAUCACUUCUCGUGCUACAUAUAUAUAUAAAUAUAAAAGUAUAUAUAAUCUCGCUCUCAGGGUCUUUCACAAAUCCAUUAUUCGAAAUAUUUCAUGUUCUUAUUUCCUGAGUUGCAACUUGUCCUGAUUACUUUGUCUCUUUUUUUUUUUUUUUUUUUUAAUAAUUCAGAACUGUCAAUCACUACAUUUAGCACUUGACUGUGAACUCGUCGUCACCUAACAGGUUGGAUUUUGGUGUUUAAAAACCGGAGCACCGUCGACGUGUUUUGGUUCUCUUCCCGUCGUUCGGACGUUCGGUUUGAGGCCUUUUUUUUCUGCGGAAACACAAACGUUCAUGCUAAACCUCAAUCAGAAAGCAUUAAAGCCACAAUCAGCAGGACGUCCUGAGGUUGUGUCCGGCGUCGGCCCUCUCCUGCCCCCUGCUGUUAGCAACACGUGACGGUGUCUCACCAAGUCAAGAGAUGUAAACCUGUUCUGUAUUCAACCCAAUAAGAAAAAGCAAUAAAGAUUAUAUUAAGGAAAGGUGUGUGAAUCAAACGA